CAAAAGUAUCCUCGUUUUUGAUUUGGUACGUCAAUCUAUCUUGCAUGGAGAUUCCAUCAAUCUUCUUCUACCUUUUGGCUUCCAUUAUCUUCACCUUUCUUCUUCUCUUCAAGCUCUUCUCUUCUCCCUCCGCCAUGAAAUUGCCCCUCCCACCUGGCACUCUUGGCUGGCCCUUCAUCGGAGAAACCUUCCACCUCUACUCUCAAGACCCAAAUCUCUUCUUCACCUCCAAAAUCAAAAAGUAUGGUUCUAUAUUCAAGACCCACAUUUUGGGGUGUCCGUGUGUGAUGAUCUCCAGCCCGGCGGCGGCGAAGAUGGUUCUGGUGACGAAGGCUCAUCUCUUCAAGCCAACUUUUCCGGCGAGCAAGGAGAGAAUGCUGGGGAAACAGGCCAUCUUCUUCCACCAGGGAGACUACCAUGCCAGACUGCGGAAGCUCGUCCUCCGAGCAUUCAUGCCGGAAUCCAUCAAACACUUCGUCCCCGCCGUCGAAUCCAUCGCCACCAACACCCUCCAUUCCUUGCAGGGAAGACAACUCAUCAACACCUUCCAAGAAAUGAAGACUUACACUUUCAAUGUGGCGCUGCUAUCCAUACUCGGAAAGGACGAGGUUGUCUACCGGGAAGAUCUGAAGAGGUGCUACUACAUUCUCGAGAAAGGCUACAACUCCAUGCCGGUGAAUCUUCCGGGAACUCUCUUCCACAAAUCCAUGAAAGCAAGGGCGGAGCUGGCGAAGAUCCUGGCCAAAAUCCUCUGCAUUCGAAGGCAGUCAAACGAAACCCACAAUGACUUGCUGGGAUCUCUCAUGGCGGACGCCGAAGGCCUCUCCGACGACCAGAUUGCCGACAAUAUCAUCGGAGUUAUCUUCGCCGCCCGCGACACCACCGCCAGUGUUCUCACUUGGAUCCUCAAGUUCCUCGCUGAAAACCCCACUGUCCUUGAAGCUGUCACAGUUGAGCAAGAGGCCAUUAUGAGGAGCAAAGAGGGGAAGGUUUUGAGUUGGGAAGAUACAAAGAAGAUGCCAAUUACUACAAGGGUAAUUCAGGAAACACUAAGGGUGGCUUCAAUCUUGUCUUUCACUUUCAGAGAAGCUGUGGAAGAUGUGGAGUUUGAAGGGUAUCUCAUACCAAAAGGGUGGAAAGUGUUGCCUCUGUUUAGAAACAUUCAUCACAGCCCAGAUCAUUUCCCAGAUCCAGAGACAUUUGAUCCUUCCAGAUUUGAGGUUGCUCCAAAACCCAAUACUUUUAUGCCAUUUGGCAAUGGGGCCCAUGCAUGUCCUGGAAAUGAGUUUUCCAAGCUGGAGAUUUUGGUUCUUGUACACCAUCUAACCACAAAGUACAGGUGGUCUAUGGUGGGCCCACAGAAUGGGAUUCAGUAUGGGCCCUUUGCUCUUCCCCAGAAUGGAUUGCCCAUAAAUCUUUAUCUCAAGGAUUCACUCAACUCAUCACAUUAAGAUAUGCUUCAAGAAAAUUUUAUUAUGGGAUUAGUGUAGCAUAGUUAGUCAAAUCCAAAUUUACUGUUGAUAUAAUGUAUCAAAGUCCGCAAGGCAAUGUGUAUUCACAAGUUCCUUUCAAAUAAUGCAAUUACACAAUAUUAACAUCA